CCUGGUGUGGGAUGACGUCAAAUUCAAGAUGGAUGGAAUCACGACAAGCACGCAGAAAUCGACACAACACUGAAUAAAGUCCAGGUUGUUUGGAUGAGAGAACUUAAUCACGAGGGCCGGCAAUGGAGAGCUUAGUGCACUACAGUUGUCCUGCCCAUGCCCUCUCCGUGCUGGGGCAGCUCAAUGAGCAGCGUCUCCGAGGCCACAUGUGUGACGUGGUCCUCGUUGUGGCCGAUCAGCGGUACCAAGCCCACAAAAGUGUCCUGGCUGCCAGUAGUGAAUAUUUCCAGUCCCUCUUCACCAGGAUGGAUGACACGUCGUUAAAGGCUGUAAUGCUGGACUUCUGCGAGCCUGACGCUUUUGAGAUAGUGCUGAAUUACAUUUACUCGUCUUCACUUUUUGUGGACAAAGACAGUCUCUCAGCAAUCCAAGAGUUGGGCUACACUUUGGGAAUCCCUUUCCUCACCAACAUAGUGUCCACCAAGCCACAUGCGUCAUAUUGCGUCUCGAGAAAAAGACUGUCCUAUUCCGAAGGGGAUGACAACGACGCCCAGACAAGGAGCGUCAUCGUGUGCCGUGUCCGCAACGACACAUCCGAACCCUCCUGUCCAAACUAUCAGACAAAAACACCGGAAAGAUCGUCGUCUCUCGUCGCGACCGAAUUGGCUCAGCCCCCUUCGGAACUUAAGUCCUGCGACUCGGUCAGAAACUCUGACGCUAUCGCGAGUAAAUUACAUGAACAAACUGAAGCUUCUGGAAAGCGGUCCACCCAUCCAUACACAUCCAUUUUAAAAGGGAAUCCAUCAUACUUGUCUUCUAUUCGGCCCCAGCUAAAAACAUCGGCAUCAUUCAGCGAUGCUGAAGUGCAGCAUAUCGGGAUGUCGCAGUCUUGCUCAGACCAGGACGUAAAACAGGAUUCAGGGGAGAACUACACCACCAAAGUGUCCUUUCAGGGUCAGCCCGCCACUGAGCUGAGCCAGACUAUUGACCGGAGCGGGCCACUCAUAAAAAGCUUACUUCGCAGAUCGUUAUCCAUGGACAGCCCGGUUCCGGUCUUCUCACCCACGCUGGAGCUCAAGGAGCUGCAAAAUCACGAACAGUCGGUCGUUAAAUUGGCAUCGGAUCCGCAACAAUCGGCUCACAACGGUAAUUCGCGAACAUCUCCCAUUGUUCUCAAGUCCAAGUAUCACGGCAGACGGAAGGAACAAACUCAGGUGGAAAGAGAGGAGAGUGUGAAAGCCGAGCCCAGCAGUCCGCUCGCCGACCCUUUGGACAUUAUUCGGAUCACCGUCGGAGAAGCUUUGCCGGUCAAUCUGAAAGACUUACAAACAAAUUACGAACAAUGUUCCAAGGCCAACUUUAUUCCUUUGGGGAAACGCAAGGAAAGGUCGGACAACAGACGGUACCCGUUCAAGAAGAACAAAAUCUUUAAGGAACACAGCGUCUCCGCGGAGGAGAACACGUCCGAAGUUGUGUCUCGCAGCACCAGCCACGACAACGAGAACGACAAAGAGUGGUUUCCGAACAAACUUUUCACGUGCUGGAACUGUUUCAAAGUGUUCCGGUCCAGCGCCGGACUCCACCGACACGUAAACAUGUACCACAACCCGGAAAAGCCGUACGCUUGCGACAUCUGCCACAAGCGCUUCCAUACAAACUUCAAAGUGUGGACCCACUGUCAAACUCAACACGGCGUCCUCCAAAACCCGGCGUCAUCGUCCAGCUCCCCGGUGAUGGACGACCGAUUCCAAAAGAAACUGAUCGACAUGGUGCGAGAGCGAGAAAUCAAGAAAGCGUUGCUGUGGAAGCUGAAAAGGAAUAAGCAAGCCAUGCAGUCUUCCAGCCUGUGCAAAAAGCGAACACGCGCCAACUUUGUCUGUCCCUACUGUGGCAAAGCAUUUGUCUUUCAGUCUCAGUACAGGCAGCAUUUAAGGACACAUCCUGCAGAAAAAGCUGACAAGGACCCCCCAGGGGAGGACAUCCUCUACCAGGAACAGGAUGGGCCCAAGGAUGACGACGGCGCCGUUUACGCCUGCAGACUCUGUAAUACGAAGUUGCCGUCGCUCAUCGAGCAAGGCAAUCACGAGAGGGGUUGCCGGCAUUCCACCGUUUGCCCUUACUGCGGCCUCCGCUUCUCCAGUCCGGCGGUCAAGAAAGACCACGAGGGACACUGCAAGUACAAGAAACUGACGUGCCUGGAAUGCAUGCGAACCUUCAAGUCCUCCUUCAGCAUCUGGCGCCACCACGUGGAAGUGCACAACAACAACAUGAUCAAUAUUAAGGAACAGAUUCAUCCCAACGAGGGAAUGUCCGAAAUGUUCAUCGAGGAGCAUUACAACAACGAACCUCUGGCAAGAGAGACAAAUAUGUUCAACGAUUCCUCGGGCACACCGAUGUAUGAUGAUUCCGAAGACUCUUCAUCCUACGUGCCCGAGGACCUGAGCAUGGGCCGUCACGGGAAGCUGGUGGUGAAAGAAGAGCCGCUGGAGGAGUCUGUGAGCGAGAGGGAAGAAACGGAGAGCGGCCAAACUGGCCUGGAGGAACCGGGCGUGUGGCCUUGCGAGAAAUGCGGAAGUCUUUUCUACGCUCGCAAAGACCUGGAACGUCACCAGGAGCUCCUAUGCCACAUCAAGCCCUUCAUCUGUCACAUCUGCAACAAAGCCUUCAGGACCAACUUCCGCCUUUGGAGCCACUUUCAGUCGCACAUGUCGAGCGCAAGCGAACACGCGGCCAAAGAGAUGGACGUGCCUCUGUCGCCCUCCCCGCCCGUGACCUCUCAAACGUCUGAAGGGCCCUCUCCACCGGCCUCCGCACCAGUCGCGGCGGCCGACGAGUCCGACGGUCCCGAGGCUUCUGCGUCAUUGCUCAACAACGGCGGCAAGAGCCAAGCUCUGGCGGAGCAACAAGCGAGAAGCCGCAGUCCCGUGUCCAGGUCAAACAGCGCAGAGAAUUCAAGCGGGGCUCAGGAUUCCGACACCCUCUUUUACCACGCGCCCUCUCUCUCGGCCUUGACCUUCAAGAGGCAGUACAUGUGCAAACUCUGUCACAGGACCUUCAAGACAGCUUUCAGUCUCUGGAGCCACGAGCAGAGUCACGGCCACGUGUGAGCAUCCAGCAAGUUCUCGCAGUACAUUUGUCUGGAGGUUUCACACAUGAGCAUCAAAAGCCAGCCUGGAAAAGGCAGACUUUGAAUGUAUCGCUUCCUUGCUUGCCUCCAGCGUACGGUUUUAAGGAGGCCGCGUCGAGUAAGGGUGUAAACACACAGGGUAUUCGGGCCACACUAAAAAGCAAAACGAAUUAUGAUUUUUUUUUUUUUUUAAAUAAAUUCAGCAAACAUCAAAAUAUCUUUUUUUUUUUUUUAUCACAAAUUUGUUAAAUGACCCUUUGUGUAUUUCCUUUUCAGUGUGACUCGAAUACGCUUUGGACUAUCAUGAAUGUGCAAACGAGUCCUAGAUGUAUUUUGGGUAUGAUGUACUUCAAUUUAUCGUAGUUGCCUACUUGUAUUUACACGUACGUGUCGGUGUUUUGAGAAAGCGAGAUGACGGUGUAACCCACGUGACUUGAGCUGAACCACACGUGACUUCAACGAGCAAGCAAAAGGGGGGGGGGGGAAUGUUGUUUUCAGAGCAAAUGCUUUUGUUUAUCUGCUGCGCUUCAAUUACGACUUAGUGCUUUUGCAUCAGAAUUGUUUCUCGGUGUGGUAAAUCUUUACGAUUUUCCACGCCUCGUGCACUUUUUUUUUUUUGCCUUCAUAAAAAAUAGGAAGAUUAUGAGUUGUACAGUUGUGACUUUAGGACUGAUGCAUGUACCUAAUUGUUAUUCACUUUCUUCACUUGUUGCAUUGAUUUUUCUAUCUCUCAAACUACAGUACCUUAAUGUAAAAAAGCAUCAUGACAUCAUAGCAUUAAAAAAAAAAAAGAAUCUCAGGUUGUUCAGGCAUUUCAAAACAUUGAUGUAGUGAGAAGUCAGGUUACAUUAUCUCCCGAAGUAUUCAUUGAGUGAUUAAGAUAUGUUUUGUACAUUUUCAGUGGAUGUGAUUUUAGUAUGUUGUACAAAAAAUGGCAAGUUGCAUCGACUGAAAAAAAGUGGUGCUUGUGGUCCUCUACUUUGCGGAGUAUUUGAAUCUAAAGCUAAUGUUAUGUAUUUUACAGUUCAACUUUCUGUAUUUUUUUUUUUUUUUGCCUCUUGAUUGACAGGUCAUCACGGUCAUUCAAAAACGUAGAUCCACUCAAUCCAAGCGCCAAUCUGACUAAAAUGACAAAAUUUUGAAUCUUAUUUUUCAUAUCACUUCAAUGAACGUGCCAUUUGAGUUGGAUACUUAACCAAUAUUCGAUCAAAGUUUUGGACCGAGUUUUUUUUUUUUCAUAAUCACAUAUUCAAUAACAUUCAGCAACAUGAUGACUUUACUCAGGCGGUACCAUCGGGAAAGGUGCGGUAAUUUAGAGGCACAAUUGUUUAUUACUUUGUUUGAGAGAAAAGAACCAGUGAAGUGAUUAACAAGUAAAAACAAAAUGAACUUAGUACAACUACAAUUGUUUAUUCUCAUGCGCUUUGUGUUCCUGCUUCUAAAGAGUCACUGUGGAUUGUGUUUUGAAUGUAGCCUAGGUGUUUCAAUUUCUAAUCCUGUACCUUUGCUUUGGCUUGAUGGUAAAUAAUAAUGGGGAAAUAUGUAUAAGUACAAAUAGCGCCUUGUUGUGGUUGAUUCUUUUGACAUUGCCUCAAUCAUAGGUCAAUAUCACCAUUAAGUGCUUGAUGUCCUCAUCAUAAUCAUAAUGAAAGCGUAGCAGAGUAAUGAAAGGUCGGCAAAACAUUUGCACACAUACACAGUACAAUGAUGUCACUUAAGAUGCAGUUCUUUCAUUUUAUUGUCUUUUAUUUCCCCCCAUGGAACAUUUUUCAUGUUCCCAACACUGCUCAUAUGUGUAACAAAUGGUUAGUUAAAUGAUGAAUUAAUUUUACUAUUCACAAGUUAGUCAUUUUGAUCACGUGUGUUCUAUUUUUGUCAUAUUGAAUAUGAAAUUGCAAUUAAUGUGGGGCAACUGCCCCUUUUACAACCUUUUGAUGAUUUCAGUGACAUUACUACCUGUUUUUUUUUUGUUUUUUUUAAUUAGCCUCAAACAGUAGAGUAUGUACGUUGUGAUAUUUGAGAUUGAUUUAAGAUGCCAAUCUUAACAUAAUAUUAAAAUUUCAAAUUCACAGUCAGCUUGCUAACCAAAUCAUGUUGCUUAGUGAAAAUCCACCAUGUGCUAGCAUUAGCCAAAAAUGUCCACCCUAUCAGCAGAUUCUCAGUUGAAUAUAAAUUCAAUGGAAAAUGUCCGAUUUUCAAGGGUGAAGUUUAUUAAGCACCUUAUGGUGAUAUUGACUUAAUAGUGCUCUUAAAUUCUUUGUGAGAAAGACUUUGUGUAUUGUUCUCGAGAGAUAUUAGGAUUGUGUACAAUGGACGUGUUUCUGACGUUUUGUACCAGUUUUGUUAGUUCGAACUUUUUAGUAAAGCAGUGCUCAACUUGCAAUAAGAUUUGUAUCAGCAUUGCUUGUGUUAUUGUUGCUUUUUUGCAGCUGUUUUUUUUGUUUAGUUUUUUUUUUUUCUACGGUUUUUGUGAUUUAUCUCUGUAAUAAAAGUUACAUUGUAUAAGAAACAAUGUAAACUUUUUUUUCACAAUGUGUAUUAAUUCCAUAUAGA